CUUUGCUGCAUCUCUCUGGGACGUGCAUCACCCCUGCAAGAUGUGGGCAAAGACAGUUACAGGAAAUUUUGCCAAGGUGAUUAAUGGUUUGAAUGCAAAUCAGUUGACAGAUCAAGUAAUUCAGAGAAGUAAACGAAUGAUUCUGGAUACUCUUGGAGUGGGGCUUCUGGGUACCAGCACCGAGGUCUGCCACAAAGUGGCACAGUACAGCAAGAUCUACAGCUCAGAUUUAUCCAGUACCAUCUGGGGCCACUCGGAUUUCCGACUGCCUCCUGUGUAUGCAGCUUUUGUGAAUGGAGUGGCUGUGCACUCAAUGGACUUUGAUGACACCUGGCAUCCAGCCACACACCCAUCUGGGGCUGUGCUCCCUGCAGUGAUUGCACUCUCAGAGGCUUUUCCUCAGAAGAAAAAAAUCUCGGGUCUUGAUCUGCUCUUAGCUUUCAAUGUGGGAAUCGAAGUACAAGGCAGGUUGCUGCACUUCUCCAGAGAAGCCAGGAAUAUUCCAAGAAGGUUUCACCCACCGGCUGUGGUUGGUACAAUGGGGAGUGCAGCAGCUUGUGCUAAACUUCUAGCUCUCGACCAGCAGGAAUGUAAAAAUGCCUUGGCUAUUGCUGCUUCCUAUGCAGGUGCCCCACUGGCUAAUGCAGCAACCCAAAUAAAGCCCCUCCAUGUUGGCAAUGCUGCCAAGCACGGACUGGAAGCGGCUUGCUUAGCUUUACAAGGCCUUCAAGGAAACAAACAGAUCUUGGACAUGGAGUCAGGGAUGGGUGCAUUUUAUACAGAUUACAACCCACAGACCCUGCCAAUCUUGCAGUCCUACCCCUGGCUCUUGGACCAGCAAGACGUGGCCAUCAAACGCUUUCCUGCUCAUCUUGCAACACACUGGGUGGCUGAUGCAGCUUCUUCUGUUAGGAGGAAGCUUGUGCAGAGCAGCGAGAACUUGCUUCCCCUUGAUAAAAUUGAGAAAGUCAUUCUCAAAGUCCCUGAGGUCAGAUACGUGAACAGACCCAGCCCAGCCUCAGAGCAUGAAGCACGACACUCCUUCCAGUUUGUUGCAUGCUCCGCUUUGCUGGACGGCAGCAUGUCAGUCCAGUCCUUUGCCAGCGAGAACAUCCACCGGCCAGCCUUGCGGGAGCUCCUCUGCAAAACGCAGCUGGAGCACCCUCCUGACAACACCCCCAGCUUUGACAGCCUUUACUGUGAAGUGAGUGUCACACUUCAGGAUGGCAACACGACCAGCGACCGCUGCACUACCUUCUAUGGGCACUGGAGGAAACCUCUGAAAAAGGAAGACUUGGAGAAAAAGUUUCAAUCCAAUGUGCAUGGCAUCCUGCAAACAGAAGCCAUGGAAGGCAUUAUAGAGACUGUGUACAACCUGGAAAAAGUAGAGGACUGUUCUGUAUUAAGUACACUUCUAUCAGGACAGUCAGCAAGAGCACUUCCAAAGAAGCUACGCUUCUUUUGAGUGUUCCAGCCAACAGCUACAUGCUCUUCACAAAGCCAGUGCAAAAUUCAUGACAAACUCUUAGUGACAAACUUAGUGACUCAAGCACUUUUAAGUAAGACUCCGAUAACACAACUAUAUUCAGUCCAAUAUUGUGAGUUUUGACUAAAUAAUUUGGUGUUUAUAUGUCCAGCUUAGUCAGGCUAAACAGAAGAUCCUCUGCUGGCACAGUCGACUCCAGCUACCUUUGUACCUUUAGAGGCAGAGCACUCACUGCUUGCACACAGUGCAAAAAUCUACCUGCUCCUCUGCCAAAAAUCUGUGUUCUGCUUCUCCUAAAUAACUCCAUACAGUAUGGAAGUGCUGUGUCCUUGAAAAUCAUAAUGAUUAGAAGUACAGAGAAUUAAAACCUUUUCACAAUUAUUUAUGCAGAUUUAUGUCUACAACCUCCUUGAAGAAGGUUAUGUCUGAGCAUUGACAUUUGUGCUAAAAUAAACAGAGCACAUGUAGGGAGGGGUAGCACUCAAUACACUGCAGCAUGUCAGAUAUCACUGUAGCCAUUGCUCUUGCACUGAAGCAGCAAAGGUCUGCACCCAGCCUGAUCACACGAGUGCU